ACAAAAUAAAACUCCAAUUUUCUGCUUAAUAUGUGGAGACAUAUCAAACGGUAGACAUUUUGGAGUACAAACAUGUGAAUCGUGUAAAUUAUUUUUUAGGAGACAUAUCACUAGAAAAUCGCAAUUAAUAUGUGUAUCAAAUGGAAACUGUAUUAUAAAUACAGAGACAAGAAAGUAUUGUCCCAAAUGCCGAUUAAAUAUAUGUUAUACAAUGGGUAUGAAAAAGCAAUUGGUCUUUAAAAAGAAAAAAUUGAUCGAUAAUAAUGAUAUGACUGAUCUGGAUAUUAAUACAAAUGAAUCGACAGUCAGUGAUGACGAUUGGUAUGAAUUUACCAAAUGGUUGGACAACAACAACAACAACAAUAGCCAGAACAGGGAGACUGUAUCAGAAAAGUUGGAUCAAAUUGAAAAAAGAAGUCAAAUAUUGAACAGUGUAUUCAUCAUACCUGAGCCGAUGGUUGACUACGAGGGUCUGAAUCAGUUACAAAUCAAACGUAUCUCAGAACUGUUGAUCGCUACCAGUGUUUAUCGGCAUCCGGUCAGCAAAAACAUUGUCCGACUGAACAGCAAACAGGAUAUCAUGCGAUUAAGUCAACAGAGAAUCGAGGAAUCGAUUCGCGAGAUUGUCUUCUAUGUUAAACGUGUCCAACCGUAUAGACAACUGUGCGCCGAUGAUCAAUGGCAACUGGUCAAACACGGAUCACUGGAUCAGAUGAUAAUAAAGAUGAUCUACUAUUUUGACAGUGAUGUCAACAAUUUUAUCUUUUAUAUUGAUAAUAACACAUCACUAAUGGUUAUUACGGAUGUCACCUACUGGUCAACUACAGGACACCGUAUCGAUAACCAGUUAGCAAAAUUGUUUACUAAACUUAUAACCAAUAUGCUGAUCCAGUGUCGAUCCGACCCGAUUAUCAUAGCACUGCUGUCGGCGAUAGUAUUGUUCAAUCCUAACCUACCAGAUCUCAAGCACAGGCAUGUAAUCAAACUUGAACAACAAUUAUACAUAUAUUUAUUGCAACGAUAUCUUCAAUUGAAAUACCGGUCCGAUUAUCAAUGGAUGACACGAUUGCAGAUCAUAAUGUCAUCACUAAUGGAUUUGCCGACAGUCCGUGAACUACAGAAGCGCAUUGAAUACACUGAUUAUCAACAAUAUAUGUCAUAUUAUGGACCACUAGUUAGAGAAGUUUAUAAUUUUUAA